AUGGUACCAAAUCAAACAGAUGCUAUUCAAGUCAUAUCUCCCAUUAGGGUAUUACAUGAUAUAGUGUCUCAUAACUUGGAAGAGGGGAAACUAUUGGUCUUGGAGGAUAUUCAGGCUAAAGGUGUAUCAAAAGUUGAACAUUCCAAUGAGGAAAUGAACUAUCUACCACAGGAAGCAGACUUAUCCCCAAAGUUAUUGAAAAGCUCAAGAAAAGGGAAGCAACAAGCAAGUGGAGUGGAGAAUCAAUAUUUUGAUAUUACAGUGGUCAAGGCUACUGAACAACAAUUGACAUUAUGCUUAAAACAUCACCACCAAAGUCAGAAAUGGCUUAUUACAUUGGUCUAUGCUAAAUGCAAUGCUGAGGAUAGACUAAUGCUUUGGGAAGAUAUAUAUCAACUAUCAACAGAUAUGGAUAGCCCUUGGUUAAUAGGUGGGGAUUUCAAUGUCGUCUUGAAUGCAGAAGAAAAAAUUGGUGGAUUGCCAAUCCAUGAUACUGAUCAUGAAGAUUUUGAUAUUUGUAUCCAUAGUUGUGAACUAGCAGAAAUUCAAUUCAAAGGAAGUCCAUUCACCUGGUGGACUGGAAGAACUGGAAUGAUUGUUGUUGUGAGACAGAAUUGGGUGGCUAAGGAAAAUCUGAAUCCUUUUAUAUUAUUUAAGGAAAAUAUCAGAAGGGUAAAAAAUGCCUUGAGUAAGUGGAGUAAAGAGACUUAUGGUGAUAUUUUUAAACAAUUAGUGAUUAGAGAAGAUAUUGUUAAAGUUAAAGAGCAAUUGUUUGAGGAGGUUCCCAGUGUUGAAAACAGAGCAGUACUCCAGAAGGCUCAGGCAGAACACAAGAAAUACUUGUACGUUGAAGAAACUUUUUGGAGACAGAAGGUUGGAUUUGACUGGUUUGGGAAAGGGGACAGAAAUACAAGAUUUUUUCAUAGCAUUGUGAAGGGUAGAAGAAAGAGACAUCAACUUAAUAGAAUUCAAGAAAGUCAGGAAGAGGAAAACGAAGAUUUGUGUAGAGAUCCUACUCUUGAUGAAGUGAAGAGAGUUGUUUUCAGCUUGAAUGGUGACAGUGCUGGUGGCCCUGAUGGUUUGACAAAUUUUGUGAAUAGAAGUAUUAUUGAAAAUGUGUUACUAACACAAGAGAUUGUUACAGCUAUCAAAAAGAGGGGUAAACCUUCAAAUGUUAUAUUUAAGCUUGAUAUGGCUAAGGCCUAUGAUGGGGUCUCUUGGUUUUUCCUAAUGAAGGUGCUAAGGAAGAUGGGCUUUACUGAAUCUUUUGUUGAUUUGAUAUGGAGAUUAUUGGCCAAUAAUUGGUAUUCUGUAUUAAUAAAUGGGCAAUCUCAUGGUUUCUUUCAUUCCACCAGAGGGGUGAAAUGGGGAGACCCUCUAUCCCCUGCAUUAUUUAUACUGUCAGCUCAGGUUUUAUCCAGGGCCCUAAAUGCGUUAUUUGAGGAUAGCCCGUUUCAGGGAUAUGGAAUGCCAAAAUAG